GGAGCGGGCUCUCUUUCUUUCUCUCGGGGCUCAGUUAAUCCUGCUGCCAGGCGCUGCUCAGCGGCAGUCUCAGCGCUGGAUUCGGAGCGAGGGAGACGCGCACCCCGGAGGCGCAGCGGAGGCAGCUAAAGAGAGCAGAGCGGGGGAAAAAUCAAAUCUAUGCUUGGAACUGGGCUUCUUUUUCGCCAAUGCAAAAGGGAAUAUGCAGCACAUUUUUGCCUUCUUCUGCACCAGUUUCCUAGGGGCGGUGUUAGGGGCCAAUUUCCCCAACAAUAUCCAAAUAGGGGGGUUAUUUCCUAAUCAGCAGUCCCAGGAACAUGCGGCUUUUAGGUUUGCGUUGUCUCAGCUCACGGAACCCCCUAAGCUCCUUCCCCAGAUCGACAUUGUGAACAUCAGUGACAGCUUUGAAAUGACAUACACCUUCUGCUCGCAGUUCUCCAAGGGCGUCUAUGCCAUCUUUGGGUUUUAUGAGAGGAGGACCGUCAACAUGCUCACGUCUUUCUGCGGGGCUCUCCACGUCUGCUUCAUAACACCGAGCUUCCCCGUCGAAACCUCCAACCAGUUUGUCCUCCAGCUCCGCCCAGAGCUCCAGGAUGCCCUCAUCAGCGUCAUCGAGCACUACAGCUGGCAGAAGUUCGUGUAUAUUUACGAUGCUGACCGGGGGUUGUCAGUCCUGCAGAAAGUGCUGGACACUGCAGCUGAGAAGAACUGGCAGGUGACAGCUGUCAACAUCCUGACAACAACAGAGGAGGGCUACCGAAUGCUCUUCCAGGAGCUGGAGAAGAAGAAAGAAAGGCUGGUGGUGGUGGACUGCGAAUCUGAGAGGCUGAACAUCAUCCUUAACAAGAUCAUCAAGCUUGAAAAAAAUGGGAAUGGGUACCACUACAUUCUGGCAAAUAUGGGAUUCAUGGACAUUGACCUGACCAAAUUCAGGGAGAGUGGAGCCAAUGUCACUGGCUUCCAGUUGGUGAAUUACACAGAUACUGUUCCUGCCAGGAUCAUGCAACAGUGGAGGAAUAAUGAUGCCAGAGAGCAUCCACGUGUGGACUGGAAGAGGCCAAAGUACACGUCGGCCCUCACGUACGACGGGGUGCGGGUGAUGGCCGAGGCCUUCCAGAACCUCCGGCGGCAGCGCAUCGACAUCUCCCGCCGCGGCAACGCUGGCGACUGCCUCGCCAACCCCGCCGUGCCCUGGGGACAAGGCAUCGACAUCCAGAGAGCCCUGCAGCAGGUCCGUUUUGAAGGAUUGUCUGGCAACGUUCAGUUUAACGAGAAAGGACGCAGGACCAACUACACCCUCCACGUGAUUGAGAUGAAACACGAUGGGAUCAGAAAGAUUGGUUAUUGGAAUGAAGAUGAGAAGCUUGUCCCAAUAGCCGUAGAUACUCAAAGUGGCAACGAGUCUACGAGCCUCCAGAACAGGACCUACAUAGUCACAACUAUCCUAGAGGACCCGUAUGUGAUGCUCAAGAAGAACGCCAACCAGUUUGAGGGCAACGAGCGGUACGAAGGCUACUGCGUGGAGCUGGCCGCCGAGAUCGCCAAGCACGUGGGCUACCACUACCGGCUGGAGAUCGUCCGCGACGGCAAGUACGGAGCCCGGGACCCCGACACCAAAACCUGGAACGGCAUGGUGGGAGAACUCGUUUAUGGGAGGGCGGAUGUGGCUGUGGCACCAUUAACCAUCACCCUGGUUCGAGAAGAAGUGAUAGACUUUUCUAAACCGUUCAUGAGUUUAGGUAUAUCAAUAAUGAUAAAAAAACCUCAAAAGUCCAAACCAGGAGUUUUUUCCUUUCUGGAUCCUUUGGCUUAUGAGAUAUGGAUGUGCAUUGUUUUCGCCUACAUUGGAGUGAGCGUUGUCCUCUUCCUGGUGAGUCGCUUCAGCCCUUACGAGUGGCACACUGAGGAAUUCGAGGAAGGACGGGACCAGCCAGCCAAUGACCAGACAAAUGAGUUUGGAAUAUUCAACAGCCUCUGGUUCUCCCUGGGAGCUUUCAUGCAGCAAGGAUGUGAUAUUUCUCCAAGGUCUCUCUCUGGCCGCAUAGUCGGUGGCGUCUGGUGGUUCUUCACCUUGAUCAUCAUAUCCUCCUACACAGCUAACCUGGCUGCCUUCCUCACCGUGGAGAGGAUGGUGUCUCCCAUCGAGAGCGCAGAGGACUUGGCCAAGCAGACUGAAAUCGCUUAUGGGACCCUGGAAGCUGGCUCCACUAAAGAAUUUUUUAGGCGAUCCAAAAUAGCAGUGUUUGAGAAGAUGUGGACAUACAUGAAGUCAGCCGAGCCCUCCGUUUUUGUGAGGACGACGGAAGAGGGGAUGAUCCGGGUGAGGAAGUCAAAAGGGAAGUAUGCAUACCUCUUGGAGUCCACAAUGAACGAGUACAUCGAGCAGCGCAAGCCCUGCGACACCAUGAAGGUGGGAGGUAACUUGGACUCCAAAGGCUAUGGUAUUGCAACGCCAAAGGGGUCUGCGCUGAGAGGUCCCGUAAACCUAGCGGUUUUGAAACUCAGUGAGCAAGGCGUCUUAGACAAGCUGAAAAGCAAAUGGUGGUACGAUAAAGGGGAAUGUGGAAGCAAGGACUCCGGAAGUAAGGACAAGACGAGCGCGCUGAGUCUCAGCAAUGUGGCGGGGGUUUUCUAUAUCCUCAUCGGUGGGCUCGGACUUGCCAUGCUGGUUGCCUUAAUCGAGUUUUGUUACAAGUCCAGAAGUGAAUCAAAGCGGAUGAAGGGUUUUUGUUUAAUCCCACAGCAAUCAAUCAACGAAGCCAUACGGACAUCAACCCUUCCCAGGCCGGCUGCAGCAGGAGGCAGUGGAGAAAAUGGACGUGUGGUCAGCCACGAUUUCCCCAAAUCCAUGCAGACGAUCCCAUGCAUGAGCCACAGCACUGGCAUGUCCCUGGGAGCUACGGGAUUAUAAUCGGCCUUUUGACCCAUUGCCUGGGUGAGAGCAGGGGCAGCCCAACUCCACCCCUCCAGAGCCAAAAAACAUACCCAACACCAACAAGACAAACGAUGAUGACAGAAGGGACAAUUGGAUGGAUCUUCUCAAGGAAAUCAAAUCAAUUUCCCUUUUUAUUUGCAAACAGAUCCACUGGCAGGAGAACAGAAACAGGUCUGUACUGCAAUAAGGAGAGUGUAAUGGGAUUUUACAGACUCGUGAACCAUCCCUGAUCAAAGAACCACUGGAACACUAAUGAGGACUAUGCCAUUUUGUUUUAACUUGGUUGUUAAUAAGUCUUAGUGUGUGCAAUAUAUAUAUUUUUUCUUACUAAUUCCUGUGGUGUCAGGGUAACAUCAACCCUUUCCCCCUUCCCUGCUCAGUCCUUCAAUCUGGUUUAGUUUGGGAUGCAAACCACAGUGUCUGAGCUACUAACAGCAAAAAAAGAAAAACUGAUACGUGGCAAGUUGACCUCUGUGCAGGGUGUCAGCAUUGACCUCUUAUGUCCAUCGUGAUCCUGCCUUUGUUGUUCUGUGGUGAACUCGGGCUGUGGAGUUAUCGCAGCGAGGCAGAUGGAGCUGCCCCCGGCUCUCCCUGCAGCAGGAAGGACUCGAUGCAGGAGGAAAGCUGAACAAAAACAUGAGGUUGUUUUAUAGGGGGCAAAGUCAUGGGUGAGUUUGGAAACCCCAGGUAGCGUGAGGACAAAGCAGUAAUUCUUCCAGAGAGGAUGAGUGGGCAUUCAAGAGGAGAAUCACGUGCCUGGAGUGGAGAGUGGCAGACUGGAGCAGAGGGUUGGUCUAAGAUCACAGUCGGCUGCUGAAGAGGGAAAGUAAAUGUGGUAUUCCCCUCACGUGUGACUCUCCUGCCCAGGUUAUCGGGGGCUAAUAAGCAAUUGUGAACCAUUUCUUCAUUGCUUAGCUUCUGUGUGUGCUCCCUUUCUGGUGGUCACAUAAGGGAACCACCUCAAGCCAGGAAUAGACCGUCUCCAGACAUCCAGCUGUAGACAGCUGCCAAUUAACCAGCGCAACGUGCCACAAGUCAUGGGGCUGCAAUGGGAACACCCCUGCCCUUCUGCUCUGAAAUCCCUUUAUGGCCAUUCUUUUCUAACUAAGAGGGACAUUUUGUAGAUAGUUGGCCAGAAUGGAUUCCUGGAAGGAACUGCUGAAGCAAACCAAGGAAGAGAUCCUACAAGAGCUUAAUUCAAGCCACCAUGACAUUCAGCAGCAUCAGUGCUGGUCACACUCAGUCUCCCCAUCAAGCUGUGGCCUGUCUGGGUACAAAGCCAGCCGUAGCAGAUUCCCACUUGUGUCCUUAGAGAGUGGGAAGCAUCCACAAGCCAGGAAAGCAGGUUGCUGACCCCAGACUUGGUCAGCAAGAAACCCACAGUGCCAGACAGCCAGCUGGGGGUCCAAGCACAGGCCUGGAGAUCAAGCAGGCAGGAAUGGUUUCCCAGAACUGCACAAAAGGUUCAUUCUGUGAAUCUCUGUCAUGGACAGACAAAUGCUUCCCACCCUGGUGGGCCUGAGACACCUCAGGAGUGUGACAUCCUCAAGUGAAGGAUUCCCAGGGGAACAUCUGGUGAGGGAGAAGAUCUGUGGGGCAGGGGCUACAGUGAGCCCACUUAGCCUGGUUCCAUCUCACUGAUGGCAAAUAAAGUUCAAAGGUUCUCACAGAGUCCGACAAACAUCUGUCCAGGGACUGAGCUGCUACUGGAGCUUUCUGAGCUGCUUUUUCUCAUUUUCUUUUCUCUUUUCUGUUUUUUGCAACGUAGCAAGAGAGGAGCCGUGAAAGAAGGGAGGCAGGUGAAGAGAAAAUGAUGCAGGCAAAUGACUGGCACAGGUCUAUAAGGAGAAUCUGGAAGUAAGACUGGAAGCUGUGUGAAUACCAGUUUCCAUUAGUGUAUGACUGUGCAGAGCAAUACAUCUACCACCUUUAACACCAGCCUGGUCUGAAGCAUCUGCUCCACUUACCCACUCGUCAUGCAACAAUUUGGAGACCAGCAAGUCAGAGUCAAGGUCCUAAGCCUUGGCACAGCAUGUCUUGUGCCAAUGUUUUCCUCUCCACAACUGGGAACCAUUGUGAUCUUCACCUCUCAUCACUGAACAUGAACUCUGUUAUCAACCACUCCAAACACCAGGGUGGUGUUUCUGUUGUUCAUCAUUAUUUUUAACCUGCUUUUCUUACUUUAACUUCAGUUCUGUGUAACGCUAGCACAGUGGAGGAAUUCUUACCAUCACAAGCUCCUGUUUCCAUGCCCAGAGCCCUCAGAUGAGUCUCCUGACCCAGCUCUUGUCAUGUCCUGGGCCAGUGUGGUGGGAACAGGCUGCUGAUACCCACCAGUGCCCCAUCCUUCUCCAGGAGCAGGACCCCGUGGCAGCAGGUCACAGCAGCUGGACAGCCUCAUGAGCAGAAGAGCAGUGCUAGGACUGGCCACCUGUGACAUGAAGAUAGGAGAUGCAGCUGUCAAAGACUUUUGAUCAGCGGAGGGGUUACAAAAAAAAAAAAAAAAGAAAAAAAAAAGAUGAAUAGGACAAAAGCGUGGAAAAUGUAAACUUGUAAUAUGUAUUUUUACUACACUUUUCUUAAAAAUAGAGUAAUGGUAAAACUCUUAAAGACAUUGACAUUUUUUCUCUAAAGGAUUCCAUAUUUAACAGUUUUGGCUUUCAUUAAAUUUUGCUCUUUGGUACCUGGAUCUUUUAUUUAACAGCUGUAUUUGUUUUAACUCUCUUUUGGUUUUUCUUUCUUUCUUUUAUUUUUUUUUUUCUUUUGGCAGUACUGCAAAGGAUUUUGCUUUAUCAAAUGCAAUGGUGUUUUUCUUUUCACAUUCUCUUUUUUUCAAGCAACAUUUUUAUUGGUAAUUAUUAUUUACACAAAAAAAAAAGGAAACUAUCAGCUGGAAUUUUAGAACCAAGGAUCCAUGAUCCAUUUCUCAUACCUGUCCAUGCCGUUUUGUGCCAGUGCUGGAUGUGUGGAAAUGAAAAUUAUGUUACCCCUCAGGCAAUAUUACCCAACCUGAAUCAAAAGAGAUUUCUUUGAUUAUUGCUGUGUCUGACUUGUGAACAGCAGCUGAAUAAACUGCUUCAGGUUGAAA